UCGCACAAUCUCCCGCUUCGACCAUGGGUGGCGCCUUCCUCUCGCGCGCCUUCUCGCUUCUGCGCGCGAUCCGUCCCGCGCUCCUCCCGGGGCAGACCUCACUUCGGUCUCGCCUCCCUUCUCUUCUCCAGAUUGGAGAAAGUAACAAUGGAAGGUUUAGGAUAAUCAGUUGUCGUCUAUCCUCCACAGUUGAGACACUGCUUGAAUAUGAAAAGGAUCAACCUUUUGAUGCUGAACAAGUUAUGGACAAAGAGUCAACACUUAAUCUUGCUUUACAUCAACUUGUGGGUGACUUUGAUAGAGAAUCAAACUUAUCUUUAAGCCGCUUCUUCUGUACACGGUCUGCUCCAGUGAUAUCAACUGGCUCUCUAAAGCUUGAUCUGGCUCUUGGGAUUGGAGGACUGCCAAAGGGUAGAAUGGUUGAGAUAUUUGGGAAAGAAGCAUCUGGGAAAACAACUCUUGCCCUUCACAUUAUAAAGGAAGCUCAAAAGCUUGGAGGUUGUUGUGCUUAUCUUGAUCCAGAGAAUGCCAUGAAUCCCUCUUUGGCAGAAACCAUGGGUGUAAAUACCAACAAUCUUCUAAUUUCAAGAGUUGAUUGUGCUGAAAAAACAUUGAGUAUCUUGAAUACUCUUGUCAGAAGUGGAUUUGUGGAUGUUAUUGUUGUCGACAGCGUGGCAGCCCUUGUUCCUGGGUGUGAACUUGAUGGUGUGACAGAUAUUUAUCCCCGAAAGGUACAGUCGAGGUUGAUGACACAAGCUCUUCGAAAAAUUCAUUACUCAUUGUGUCGGUCACAAACUAUCAUCAUUUUUGUUAAUCAGGUUAGAGCAAAUUUAAGAUCAAAUCAUGGGUUCAGGGAACAAGAUGAGGUUACAUGUGGUGGAAACGCCUUAAAAUUCUAUGCGGCAGUACGGAUGAGAAUUAGAAGGAAUUGCUUGCUACAUAGUGAAGAUAAGGUCACCGGCGUUACCAUAUCGGUGGAGGUUAUAAAGAAUAAGCUUGCACCUGCAAUGAAGAAAGCUAACCUGAAUAUAAGAUUUGGCCGAGGUCUUUGUCAUGAAGAGGAGAUUUUGGAGAUGGCUGCUAAGCAUGGAAUCAUUAGAAAGGAAGAAAAUGGGUAUUGGAUAAAAGGUGACUUCUUCAAAGACCAUCUAGCAGCCGAGCAGUUCCUUGCAGCAAAUAAUGGUGUCGCUGGCGACCUUGUUGAUGUCUUAAGAGACCAAUUGUUGAACAAGACAUCAUAAAGUGGGUGGCAUGCAGGUUAGGAGUACGCUGAUCAUUGUUAUGGGCAAGUUAUCAUGAUUAGAACUUGAAGCUAAUGCAAAUCUCCAACCAAAUCUUUAAAAAGCUAACUUAGAUCUUCUCAAGCUUCAACCGCUCAAGUGAACUUGCCGCUGCUUUGAAGCUAACGUUCUUGAGAGUUGAGAUCCACCACGAAAACCUGAUACCAGUGAUUUGCAGCUGAAGUGAGAUUCCUGAUCAGCUAUUGGCGACCCAAGAAAGCAUUGAUAGUGAUCUAGAAGAAUAUACUUUUCGAUCUAUAAUUGCCAUUGAGGUUUCUUUAUGAUUGUAACAAUUCCAUUGUGUCUGAAUUUGUCCAAUAUAUUUAAAGGGGCUGUCCUUUUCAAACAGCUUAUUGUUGUAUGGAUAAAUUUUCAUUUGCCUGAGUCGAUAGGAAUUGGGAUUUUUCUA